CAUAGGGCCGGACGUCGCGUGCGACAGCGAUGCCAUUCACCCACGUCCUCAGCGCAUGACGUAAUUCUCAAACCGCAAGGAUGCGCCCGGUCAUGGGAUUGGUGGAGGCAAAGGGGACCACCGAGUGAGAUCAGACCCUGGAUUUAAAUAGAAGCCCCUUCGGUGACUUGGCUAAGAGCUACGAGAACUGCGACGCUGCACACACUAAAGGACUUUGUAACACCGUGAACGAAGACAGCACUGGAAACUUCUAGUCUGAUGGUGCAAUUUUUUCAAGAUUCUGAAACAACCCGUUAUACAAUAUAAAAGUGCUUUAUAACUAAAGAGUGACAUACUAAGACGAAAGAAUUUGAACAUUAAACCCUGCGGCAGUCCAUAUGUGUAUUAGAUAUAUUUAAGAAAUUCGGAGACGUGAAGAAGAAAUAAGUAAAAGAACCCCCAAAGAGCUGACUUAUAUAAGUUAACGAAAAGAACUCCAGUCGACGUCGUGUGGCAUUGUUAUUGAUACGGUUUCUUGAUUGAAACGGAACCAAGAACAUUUCCCGUCGUGUUGAGUAUUUUUGUUCGGAAAUUGUGAUAAAAAUUCAGAACAGUUUCACCAAUUAUUUAUUCCUUCUUGUGUGGAAACCAGCCUUUUAAGAGACAUACACUUUUUUUUUCUGCUGUAUUUAAGUGUGGCUGUAAAUUGUCAUUUUUAAUUCAAUUUCACAAAAUGAUGCCCAAGAACAUGAAGACCUGCUUGCUAUUUCUGGUCAUCGCUCUUCUGGCACACACCAGCGCUCACCGUCUGUCAAAUCUUUUCUAUCUCCGCUAUUUGCCCCCCUCGCCCCAAAAUGUCGAUAGAUCGGCCGACACCACCACCGACACACAAGACCGAGAGCUCGGCACAAGUCCAGACACACUAGUUGUUGACAACUUACUAAACAAUAUCGGCACCAACCACCCCAUAUACAAACCUAGCCCGGUGGACAAGUCUGGAACAGGCGUCAACGGAGCUGACAGAAGCAGAAUGUUCAACGGUGACGGUACGCCGAACGGGAACCGAGCAGGUAUGCUUCCUUUCAGACCCCAAGCAGUUGUACCAGUCAACACUGACCGCGCCGGGGGCAACACUGUAGACGACAUGCUUUCCAAUCUGAUGUCAUCGAGACCCACCUAUAUCGUGGACAGAGAUCGGGACAUAGGGGGCCCCGAUCCCACGGACCCACAGCUGCCCAGCGGUCAGCCCAGUAACCCGGCGCCGUCCCCUUCCCUCCCUCUCCCCAUGCCUGUGGCUCCAGUUUAUCCUGGCAGAAGCAAGAACUCGAAUGGCGCCGUAAUUAUUACAGACAACGGCGCCGUCUUCCUGCGCAACAGCAAAACGGACCCCAAAGCGGUCACUGAGAAUGUUGCCACACCAGACGAUAGAGACGGAAAUAACAACAGUACAUUCGUGGAGCCGAUAGUAAACGAUAAACCAUUUGAAGCAGCUAAUCUUGACAAGUGGCUAAACCCAGAUAAAGAAACUGGAAAAACGUCGCACAGUAAUGAGGAGGAUACAACAAAAGAUAGCGACAAUUCAUCAAACAGUAGUGAUGACAGCGAUGACGACAAUUCAUCAAACAGCAAAGACGACAGCGAGGAAAGGGGUGAAAGCGGAAGAAGCCUCAAUUUUCCCCUCAACAGAGAAUUUACUGUUCCCCCUUUCUCGCCUUACUCUGGCUUCGAUAAGGACGACAAUAACAAUGAACAAGACGAGAAUAAAAAGGAAAUUCUCUCCGUGAAUGGUGAGUAA